UCUGCUGUCAUUAUCACGCUGUGCAGUUUGUUUUGUACCUGAUAUCGAAUAUUUCAAUCACAGAUUUCAAUAUUUUUAAUUAUUAGUCGUACGUUCGUAGUAUAGUAGACUUAGCUCAAAUAAGACGAAAAUUUUGCUUUUUAAUAAACUUUUUAUAAUAAAAUCUGUAAGAUAUGUGUGAAGAUAUAGAUGAUGUUUCAAGAAAAACUUGGGCUCGCUCUCUAGAACCAGUAACAAAGAUUGGUUACAUGGAUGGAGCAUCUGACGGUCAAAGUGCUGUGUUUCAACAAAGUUUCGAUGUAGGAUAUGAACAAGGGCUUAACUUUGGACUAGAAAUAGGUUUCAAAGAUGCUAUUGCAAGAUUUCAGCCUGGAGAUAUUCCUCAGCAGCAGCCUCAAGACCAAUGUAAAAUUAAUUGCCAGAUUUGUUUAAAUGGUGUAAACUCUCAAGAAAACAUAGGCAAUUUGUACAAUAUUCAAAAGGAGAAGAACAGUGAUCACCUAAGAAGAUUAUAAAAAAAAACCCUAUUGUAUUUACUUAUACUAUGUUAAUUAAUAAAUAAUAUUUAAGAAUUUA